UAUUAAAUUAAAGAAAAUUUUCUCAAAAAUGAAGCGGGAAAGAGAAUCGUUUUCCAACACUGAAGUAUACGCCGUUGGAGAUUGGGAAAAACUGAAGAUACUAUUAUGGAAAAACUGGCUUUUACAGUGGAACCAAAAAAUACAAAUUCUGUGCUAUAUGAUUCUUCCAGUGAUGCACCUCCUCCUUAUUGUAGCUAUUCGUCUAAUAGUAAUGCCCGAUUCAAAGCCGGAAAUUCGCUACCCACCAGUGUCAAUAUCUGACCUUGCCCUCUAUAUGUCAAAGGUUACAGUUGGAAACAGAAUACUACACGAUAAUGGAUCACUUAAUAUACCACGAAAUUUCCUGUGCUACACCCCAGAUACCGUCGUUAAUAGUGCUAUUAUGAACGCUGCGGUUUUGCGACUUCGACUUCUGGGGACUCGACCUUAUGACACCGCGUUGCAUAUGGAACGGGAUAUGGUGACGCAUAACUUUUUCGCUGGGGUGCAAUUUGAAGAGAAUGCAGGGGCAACUAAUGACAUUGGAUAUCCGCUAAAUUUAAAUUAUUCGAUUCGUUUUCCCAGUGAGCUGCGAACGAUGCAAGGUCCUAUUAUAGAAACAUGGAGUACUUCGCGCUGUUAUUUAUCCUACGAUGGAAGUGGACCGCGUAAUAGAGAGGAACCCGAUGGUGGAGUUCCGGUUGGCUAUAUUAGAGAAGGGUUUCUGCCAAUCCAGCAUGCCGUAACUAUGUCCUGGCUGUCGCUUGCCUCCGGUAUAAAGGAUAAUGAUCUUCCCAACAUACAUCUUCAGCGAUUUCCCUAUAGAGCCUAUACACAUGACCCAUUGCUCAGUGGACUGCGUCAACUGCUGCCCUUCGUAAUCCUGCUGAGCUUCAUCUAUCCCUGCUCGACGGUGACCAAGUAUAUAACAGCCGAAAAGGAACUUCAGCUCAAGGAAAUAAUGAAGUUGAUAGGCGUUCAUAACUGGCUUCAUUGGGUAGCGUGGUUCGUCAAGAGUUAUGCAAUGCUUAUGCUGGUCGUAUUCUUUAUAAUGCUCCUGAUAAAGAUAAGGUUCUACGCUUCCGUGGCUGUACUUUCGUAUUCCCAUUGGCUUCCAGUACUGCUUUUUUUGCACACCUAUGUUGUAACCAGUGUAUGUUUUUGCUUUAUGAUUGCUGUGUUCUUUAAAAGAGCCAGCACAGCAUCAGCUGUGGCCGCCAUUGUCUGGUUCUUAACAUACAUACCAUAUUCAUUCGCCUACUAUUACUACAAUCGUCUUAAUCUUUGGCAUAAAUUGUUCAUUUCACUGCUAUUUUCAAAUUCGGCCUUGGGAUUCGGUGUUCAUGUCAUAAUAAUGUGGGAAGGAACUGGAGAGGGACUCACUUGGACGAACAUAUUUCACCCCGUCUCAUCGGAUGAUGAUCUGGCCCUGUUCUAUGUUCUUAUAACAAUGUCUUUGGGUGCAAUCAUGUUCUUGGCUAUAUGCCUAUAUGUUGAACAGUUAUUCCCGGGCGACUACGGUAUACCCCGUAAAUGGAACUUUAUGUGCCGGAGAAAAUACUGGCGACGCUUUAUGCCCUUUUCAAUAGUGGGAAAUUACGAAGCCACCGCUAGUGGAGCUGCUCAGAAAAAGAGCUGCAGAACUACAAGGGAAGUGGGCGUUCAGUUGUGUAACCUUCAAAAGAUAUAUGGCAAGCAUAAGGCAGUUAAGGGCAUUAGUUUAAGGAUGUAUCGGAACGAGAUAACGGUAUUAUUGGGUCAUAAUGGAGCUGGCAAAACCACCACGAUCAACAUGAUAACGGGCAUCCUAAAGCCAACGUAUGGUACAGCCAUUGUAAACGGCUAUGAUAUUCGAAUCCAGAUGGAGAAAGCUCGUGAAUCAUUGGGAAUUUGUCCGCAAAACAAUAUACUCUUUCAUAGCAUGAGUGUACGCGAUCAUAUCAUAUUCUUUAGUAAACUGAAAGGAAUUCGUGGUGCCGAGGCGGUUGAAAACGAGGUGGCCAAGUAUGUUACCAUGCUGAAUUUACAGGAUAAAUCAUUUGUGGCGGCUGACAAACUAUCCGGUGGAAUGCAGCGCAAAUUGUCCCUCUGCUGUGCUCUAUGUGGCAACGCAAAGGUUGUUAUUUGCGAUGAACCAAGUUCUGGAAUCGAUGCAGCAGGACGGCGAAGUCUGUGGGAUCUGCUGCAAAGCGAAAAGGAGGGUCGAACUAUUUUGCUUACCACUCACUAUAUGGAUGAGGCCGAUGUCUUGGGUGAUCGGAUAGCUAUCCUGGCUGAGGGCAGGUUGCAGUGCCAAGGUACUUCCUUUUAUUUAAAGAAGAGAUUCGGCACUGGCUAUCAAUUAGUCUGCAUAAUGCAAACUGGCUGCGAUGUGGCCUCUGUAACCCAGUUGAUAAACAAAUAUGUGCCGCACAUAAGACCGGAAAGGCAGUUGGGUACUGAGCUAACCUAUCGCCUGCCCACCGAGUACUCGAAAAAAUUUGCCGCAUUACUGCAGGAUUUGGAUGAUAAUGGUGCUAAAUUACAAUUAGAGGGGUAUGGCUUGAGUGGAGCCUCUUUGGAAGAUGUGUUUAUAACAGUCAAUGCAGAUAAAAGAGUUCGUGGUGGAGAGGAAAAGCCGCCAGCUGAAGGAAGUGGUGGCUUCGAGAACUUGGUGUUUGAUACCAAAACGAGGGAGGAAAAGACCAUGUCUCGUUAUUGCAUGUGUUGGCAGGCGCUAUUUUUAAAAAAAUUCCAUAUCACCAUUAAGAAUUACUGGAUACUGGUCAUACAGAUUGGUCUGCCCAUUUUAGUUAUGACCUUGACCAUUUUUAACUCGCGGGGCGGUAGGAUUUACUAUGAGUUACCUCCUAUGCCGGUAUCUAUUUAUCAGUAUAACCACGCCUAUGUUGUACUGGAGGACACUGAUAAGGCUUCGGCUAUAGGUGGGGCCUAUACCAAACAUCUAGAACAUUAUGGAAACAGACACACAUUGCUGGAAACAGGAGACUCCAAAUUCGAGGACUACCUACUGACUCACAGCGUAAGUCUCAACCGCAGAGUUGAUUUCGCUUAUUUAGCUGGUGUUACCAUUGGUAAAGAGAACAUAACUGUGUGGUUGAACAAUAAGCCCCUGCACACCGCUCCUUUGACCCUAAAUGUGUUGCACAAUGCGUUGGCCAUUAAAUUACUUGGCAAGGAUGCCUCAACAUUCGUUACGAACGAACCCUUGCCAUAUAGCGAUGAUACAAAAACUUUGCGUCUGAAUAAAGGACAACGCUUGGGCUCUGAAAUAUCCGUUAAUUUAUCCCUGACCAUGGGCUUCAUAACGGCCUUCUAUGCGAUACCCAUCAUAAAGGAGCGAGAGACCCGUGCCAAGCUUAUGCAAUUUUUAAUUGGAGUGGAUGUGUUUGCCUACUGGGCAAGUCACCUUAUAUGGGACUACCUCAUAUUUAUCAUUUCAGCCCUAUCGUCUAUAUUUACGAUUGCCGCAUUCCAAGAGAUUGGUUAUUCCACACCAUUGGAUCUUAGUCGCUACUUCUUUUUGCUCUUAAUAUUUGGACUUGCUGCUAUUCCCUUGAGUUACGUUAUGGCAGGAUGCUUUACCGAUCCUGCGACGGGACUCACUCGUAUUUCCAUAGCGAAUACCUUGUCCGGAUGUGGCAUGUUCUUGCUGAUCGUAACCCUUAACUUUGAGGCCUUUCAGCUGAAGCACGUGGCCGACCAACUGGCGUGGUACUUUCGAAUAUUUCCACACUUUGGCUUGGCCAGUUCCACUCACAACAUCCACAUAGGAUAUAAUAUUCGGCGUGGUUGCAGUAUGCAAAGCGUUAGAACAUUACCCCGAUCAACGCGCUGCCGCACUACCCCUGUGUGCUGUGAUAUUCCAGAUUACUUUGGCUGGCGGUUUCCUGGUAGUCUACCAGAAAUCGUAUAUCUACUAGUGGUGGGCCUUAUAUUAUUUCUAAUACCAAUUCUGCGCGACGCCAGGGUGUACGAUUCCAUUAGCGAGCAAUUGGGGAAGGUGUGUGCGAAGCGAAAGCGUUCUAAAGGAGGAUCUUCUGCGGAGAAUGAGGACGUAAUCGCUGAACAAUUGGCUGUGCAAAAGAUGGUAAAUGCGCAACGAAAGGAUAUACCUCUAAUGGUCAACAACAUCACAAAGCGCUAUAAAAGUAAACUGGCUGUAAGGGGUAUAUCGUUUCAUGUCCCCCAUGCCGAAUGCUUUGGUCUCCUGGGAAUCAAUGGAGCCGGUAAGACCUCUACUUUUAAGAUGCUAGCUGGGGAUGAAAAGAUAACCUCGGGAGAAGCCUACUUGGAUGGUCUAGACAUAUCCACUCACAAGGUUUAUGGCAAAGUUGGCUAUUGUCCACAGUUUGACGCAUUGUUCGAUGAUCUGACUGGUCGGCAAACGUUGAAUAUUUAUUGCCUAUUGAAGGGAGUGCAACGUAGGCAUAUAAAGGCUAUAAGUUGGGCCCUAGCAGUAUCUUUUGGAUUUUCACAGCACCUGGACAAGCAAACGAAACACUAUAGUGGUGGUAAUAAGCGGAAAUUAAGCACUGCCAUAUCGAUACUCGGAAAUCCCUCGGUUAUUUACCUAGAUGAACCCACCAGUGGCAUGGAUCCCGGAGCAAGACGACAACUUUGGCAAAUAAUAGGUCACAUUCGUACUGCUGGCAAGUCCAUUGUCUUGACCUCUCACAGUAUGGAUGAGUGCGAGGCCUUGUGCACCCGACUGGCCAUAAUGGUGGAUGGUGCAUUCAAGUGCAUAGGAUCCGUGCAAUAUUUAAAAAAUCAGUACUCAAAAGGCCUCGUACUAAGAAUAAAAGUCAAGCACAGAAAGAAAACUUUUCAAAGAAUAGUAGAAAAUUCAUCUUCCACAAGCCAAAAUAAUUCGUUUGCUGAUACUGAACCUCAAAUUGUUAGAGUGGGUUCAAUUGUAGACCAUAAUUUGUCGGAUCGAAUUUUAAAGGUUCAUAGAUUUAUACUUAAAGAGAUUCCUGAUGCCGAACUCAAAGAGGAGUACAAUGGACUAAUAACUUACUAUAUACCACAAACAAAAAUGUUGGCUAAGAUUUUUCAGCUCCUUGAAAGUAACUCGCAUAAACUGAAUAUAGAAGACUAUUUAAUUAUGCAGACACGGCUGGAGGAAAUAUUCCUAGACUUUGCUUUAAAACGUGAUAUUUCUUUCAUAGUUAAAAAAAGAAAAUGUUGGUGUUGCUGAUUAAAUGCUUUUCAUGUUUUGUUUUGUACACUUAAAUAUAAUAUUUUAAAUUUUUUGAUAUUUA